AUGGCUGGUUUACUGUUUGUCUUUAUGACGCUUAUGUGUAUUGUGACACUAGCGCUGGAAUUGGAGCCUUACCAUGAAUAUAGUUUUUCUAAAUGUGAUAAAACAAAGAUUUAUUUUCAACUGAGAACAGACUUUCUCGAAGAGAAGUUUCGUCUUAAAGCGAAAAUUUCCAUUGAAACAGAUUGUUCAUUCGAUGGACCAUGUGCUUGGAAAUGGAGUGACACAGCAUCAUCCUGCAUUGCCUUAGUAUCUCAAGUACCAGAAUUUUACAACACUGGGAAAAGUGAUUUAUCCCCUGUCAUCACUAAAGGCAGUAGAAACUAUUACUUUUUGUUUGCUAUUUUACUGCCCUCAAAUACUGUGCAAAGAAUUAUAGAAUCGCCCCAGUUCGGAAUCACCGAUGAGACAUGUGCUCUGGAAUUCUUAAUAGUGCAACAAGGAUUGGAGCAUGGCUUGCUACAAGUUAUUGUAGAAUAUACGUCUGAGGACUCAUGGAUAGUGGCCAACAUAUCUGCUUCCAAUUAUACACAGUGGGCUAAAAACACCUUAAAUCUAGGAAAAAUUCAUCGAAAGUUUAGUGUAAUAUUUCAAUUUUACUCACUUGUUCCCAACAAGCAGUCGACAUAUAUUGGCUUGGAUAAUUUGCGAAUGGUCAAUUGUUUCGCAGAGAAACACUGUGAAAUCCCACAGAAGCUGUGCACAAUUGGCGGAAAACUAGCUUGCAUUGAUUUAAACCAAAUUUGUGAUUUAAGAUACGACUGUGAUCAAAGAGAAGAUGAAUUUCUCAACUGUGAUAAAAUACCUCCUGGUGGCCGUUGCGAUUUCGAGAACGAUUUGUGUGGGUGGUAUGUAUCUAACACCACAGCACACUCCUGGACUCGUGGUGCAUACAACGAUGACCCGUUUGUAGAAGAAAAUACUGGAUACUACAUGUAUUUUGACAUGAAUUCUACUCGAAAGGAAAAUGGUGAUAAAUUCUACAACAAUGCUACACUGACUAGUCCCAUAUUUAAUCCACCACCUUCUCUGCUGGGCGAACAACAUUCUGCAUAUUACAAUUCUUGUGCGAUGAGAUUCAAAAUAUCCGCAGAACUGCAAAAAGGAUCCGUUUAUCUCCAACUGGUAAUUGUACAUAUACAAGAAAAGGAAAAUAUUACCAUGUCCUUAUGGAUGAAAGAUGAAUUGUACAAAUCUAAAGUAGAAACUGUAUCACUAAAUGUAAAGUCAAGGAUAAUCAUUGAUAAUAUAUCUUUAUCGCCGCAAUGUUUUGGCAUCAAUAUUCCAACGGAACAGUUGAAUGGUUAUGACUAUUGGAAGUAUUCGCACCUAAAACAUAGAACGCAUAAGGAUUUUCAAUUUAAAAAUUAUCUAAAAUUUGAAUCUUGCGACAAUCGCGGAAGGAAUGGACCAACGCAAUCCCAAUGCGAGGCCUUCUAUACCAAGCACAACCGUAAUACUGUUUUGAAGGAUAUUCAAGUUAUAAGUCAAUCGCCCUUCAAAGGUUUUCAACGUUGGAAAGUGCCACAUGAAGGCUUUUAUACAUUUAUUGUUAGAGGAGCUUUAGGCGGCGUGAGCUCAAUAGGAAUUAAAUCUACGCGGGGUGCUGAGGUUGUUGCUGUUAUGAAACUUUUAAAGAAUGAAGAAUUGUAUCUUGUGGUAGGCCAACAAGGGGAGGAUGCUUGCCCAAAGUCUUCUGAUUUCACAAGAAAAUCAUGCCCACUUUCGGGUGGAGGUGGUGGUGGAGGUUCCUUUGUUUUCUUAUUGGACUCGGAUACCAACGAUAUCAGCCCUUUAUUGGUAGCAGGUGGAGGCGGUGGCGGAAGUCCUUUUGGUGUUGGCUAUAACGUUAUGGGACUGUUGGAAAAAGCUAUGGCAUCCAGUGACUUCAUACAUAUUAAAGAGUCAAAUGCAUCCCUUAAACAAGUUAAUGAUUCCAUCUUCCAAGGGGGAAAAGAUGGAAGGACUUGCUUACUUGGCAAGUCUAUAGAAUUUCAAGCAUCUAGCGAUGGUGGUUUUGGUGGUGGAGAAAGUUCUGGCUGUUUCACCGGAGGCCAUGGGGGUGGCCAUGCUAGGGUUGAUAUUUUUCCAAAUAGUUCAUACGGUCAAAGUGGCUCCUCCUACAUUGAUGCGCUACGUUCGCUCAGCGAAACAAAUGUUAUACGUGAACGCAUUGAUUUCGAUAACGGUUCAAUAAUAAUAAUACCAGCUACGGAGGGAUGUGGCUGUGAUUAUCUGUGUAUAGCACUGGAUGAGAGUAGGUCAUCAGUGAAAUGUAUUUGCCAAAGUGAUGGAAGUGGAAUUAACAAUACCUAUAUUUGUGCCGCGGCUUUGGCCAAUGUAGCAGAGCCUUCAAACAUUUCGAUUUAUUGGAUAAUGGUAUUUGUACUUAGCUUAGUAUUUGUAGCUUCAUCGGUUGUUUUUGCGUACAAGCUGUACCAAAGGAGAAUAUCGUUGCAUGAAAAUCAAAAUUCGGCACAAAAUUUGCAGUUAAGAAGCAUACUUGAGAGCAACGAUGAAGGUGAUUUAAGCAAUUAUGGUUUUAGUUCCAUUAAUUUUGAUGUAGAGAGGUUGUCUCAGUUGAUUCGGGGAAAUGUAAGUCUAAUCAAAGUUUUGGGCCGAGGGGCUUUCGGUGAAGUCUAUCAAGGUUUAUACCGUCACAGAACCGAUGAAGCUGAAAUGGCAGUGGCUGUGAAAACCCUGCCUGAAAUAUCAACUCGCCAUGCCGUCAGAGAUUUCCUAUUGGAGGCUGUUAUUAUGGCAAAUUUUGAUCACCCCAACAUUGUGCGUCUCAUAGGUGUCUGCUUUGAUAGCCAUCCUAAGUUUAUUGUGCUUGAGUUACUGGAAGGUGGAGAUCUUAAGAAUUUUUUGCGAGAAGUACGGCAAACACCAAAUAAUCCUUUGCCAUUGACAAUUGAUGAUCUGGUCCAGUGUGCUAUCGAUGUGGCCAAGGGUUGUGAAUAUAUGGAAAACCGACACUUUAUACACCGUGAUUUUGCCGCCAGAAAUUGUUUACUUAGCACCAGAGAAGCUAAGCGAGCUGUAAAGAUAGCUGAUUUUGGUAUGGCCCGGGAUAUUUAUAGCAAUGAAUAUUACCGCAAAGAAGGCAAGGCUAUGUUGCCCGUGAAAUGGAUGCCACCAGAAGCUCUUUUUGAAGGCAUAUUUACCUCCAAAACUGACGUUUGGUCAUUUGGAGUUUUAUUGUGGGAGGUUUUUAGUUUGGGUUUAGCACCAUUUAUCGGGUUGUCCAAUUCUGAGGUUAUGGAAAUAAUCAACAGUGGCGGUCGUUUAGGUGCUCCGCCAGGAUGUCCGCCGAACAUAUACGAAAUAAUGAUCGAUUGCUGGAAUCCUAUACCUGAAGAUCGUCCAACAUUCUUUAGCCUUUUAGAAAGACUCAACACUUUGACUCUGUAA